AUGAUUGAACUAUUUCUAUUUAUUAUAGUUUUUUCUGUAAAAUUUUAUAAUAAAUUUAGGUAUACAUUGGUGCAAUUUUGAUAUUGUUUACAAAUAAUUACUUAUAUGGACUAAUAUUUUCAUUAUCAACUACAACUUUGUUAUUGAUUAUUUUAGCAAUUUAUUUUGUUAAGCAAUUCUUAGAUUAAAGAAAAAGAGAAAAAAUUGGUAUCGAAUCGGAAUAAUAACAAUAAUAGAUCAAAUAAAAAAAGGGAUUAUCUUAAUUUGUAGAAACAAAACAAGAAGAAAAAAUGAGGAUUAUAAAUUUUAAAGGAAAAGAUAAAGUUAGAGAAGAAAAAUAACUUAAGGUGAAUUUCAAAAAUCAAGAAGAAAAAGAAAAAGAACUUUAAAAAGUCAAAAGAAAUCAGGUUACUCAAAAACGAUAAUCUUAAUCAGAUUUAAAUUUAGAUAGCGAAUACAUACCAAUUAAAUAGAUAGAAGGAAAUAUUAAUGAAAUUCCAAUAGACAAUAAAAAUAUUAAACUUUACUAAUAAAGGAAAACAUGA